UAAUUUGGGAAAUGUUUAUAAAGAGCGUGGGCAAUUGCAAGAAGCUUUAGACAACUAUCGCAGAGCUGUCCGCCUAAAGCCUGACUUUAUUGAUGGAUACAUAAAUUUGGCUGCAGCAUUAGUAGCUGCGCGUGAUAUGGAGUCUGCUGUUCAAGCAUAUAUUACAGCGUUACAAUAUAAUCCGGAACUGUAUUGUGUGCGCAGCGAUCUUGGAAAUCUACUUAAAGCCCUUGGUCGUUUGGAAGAAGCCAAAGCAUGUUACCUGAAGGCGAUUGAAACGUGUCCUGGCUUCGCAGUUGCCUGGAGUAAUGUAGGAUGCGUGUUUAACGCUCAGGGAGAGAUUUGGUUGGCAAUACAUCACUUUGAAAAAGCUGUAACUCUUGACCCCAACUUUUUGGACGCGUACAUUAAUUUGGGAAAUGUUCUGAAGGAGGCGAGAAUAUUUGACAGGUAGGUAGUGUAAUUUCAA